ACUCCAGCCCUCCUGCACGCCUCCUGGCCACCCGGCCUUGCUACGGCCCUGGCCCUGAGAGGCGAGCGGUCCUGGGCGAGGCACCACGCUUCCACGCUCAGGCCAAGGGCAAGAACGUGCGGUUGGAUGGCCACUCGCGCAGGGCUACACGGCGCAACAGUUUCUGCAACGGAGUCACCUUCACACAGAGGCCCAUCCGCCUGUAUGAACAGGUGCGCCUGCGCUUGGUGGCCGUGCGUCCUGGCUGGAGCGGUGCCCUGCGCUUUGGCUUCACUGCGCAUGACCCGUCGCUCAUGAGCGCGCAGGACAUCCCCAAGUACGCAUGCCCCGACCUGGUCACACGGCCUGGAUACUGGGCCAAGGCGCUGCCUGAGAACCUGGCGCUGCGGGACACGGUGCUGGCCUACUGGGCCGAUCGCCAUGGCCGCGUCUUCUACAGUGUCAACGAUGGUGAGCCGGUGCUGUUCCACUGUGGCGUGGCCGUGGGAGGCCCACUCUGGGCACUCAUUGACGUCUACGGCAUCACUGAUGAGGUGCAGCUGCUGGAGAGCACCUUCAGUGACACACUGACACCCCUGCGCCUGGGCCAGGCCCGCCUCAGCGCCUGCCCCCCUCCCGGCAGCCACGACACCGCCAACUUCGACAACAAUGAGCUAGAGAACAACCAGGUGGUGGCCAAGCUGGGUCAUCUGGCCCUCGGCCGUCCGGACGCCGCUGUCCCGUGCGUGGCCCGCGAACGUACCCUGCAGUCCAGUCCUGAGACCACAACCCCUUCGGGGUCCUUCAGCGGCUCCCAGGAUGACAGUGAUUCAGACAUGACCUUUAGUGUCAACCAGUCUUCCUCAGCAUCAGAGUCAUCUCUGGUGACAGCCCCCAGCUCCCCACUGAGUCCCCCGGUGUCCCCAGUCUUCUCUGCACCUGAACCAGCAGGCAGCAGGAAUGGAGAGUGUACAGUGUGCUUCGACAGCGAGGUGGACACAGUCAUCUAUACGUGUGGACACAUGUGCCUCUGUCACAGCUGUGGCCUGCGGCUCCGAAGGCAAGCACGGGCCUGCUGCCCCAUCUGCCGGCGGCCCAUCAAGGAUGUCAUCAAGAUCUACAGGCCGUAGCUAUGCAUCUGGCUUGGCCAAGGCAAGGUCACCUUUCUGAAGCCCCUGUUAGGUGGGCGACACCAUGGCUAUCAGGGAGCCCAAGGUCAGAAGCCAUCUCUCAUCUGCCACUCCGCAGUGAUGAGCAAGGCAGGACAGGUGUGGAGAUGAGGCCCUGGGGGCCAGAGCCCAAGCAAACAUUGCUUCUGGCUCAAACACACGCUGCCCCAAAAAGCCUGUCCCAAGAUUCAGCUCAGGAACUGCCUGGCAGAUCACCUGCCUCUUGGUGACCUUCAGCUGGGAAAGGGUGCCCUCUGUCUGUGCAAUGCUUGUUUGGGGUUGGGUUGAGUGUGUGUGUCGGGGUGGGGGGAGACAGCAUAGAGAAUGAGUGAGAGAGAAUGUGUGAGAGCAAGUGCGUGGAAGUAUGAUACAGGGAUCUGUCGUCUCUGGGAGGGUAUUUAACACUAAGGAAUGUGCAAUCGGGGCCCAAACAUUAAUGUGACGGAUGUCCACUUUCUGGGGAUAUGGUUUUCUGCAAUGAGCUAACUUUGAACACAGGAGUCCCGAACCUACACAGAACUCCUUCAAUGGUAUAGAAAGAGGCACUCACAUUUUCUAAGGGAAAGCAAAAAUAGCUCACUGUUUACAGCUCCAAGCAGCAGCUCCUGCUGAGGAGGAAGGUGGGCAGGGGACAUCAGAGCACAGGUGGCUUUUACUGCAUACUCAGAGUAGGAGUUGCCUUCCCAUGGCAGCCGAGGACAGGUGUCCCCAGCUCUAUCAUCCUAGAUUCGUCCAUCCCCAGUCAACACAGUGAGCACCUUGCCCCUCACCAUUGCUACAUGCUCUGGAGUCUUGUAAUGCCCCUCCCGUUCUCUGGGCUGACUCCAUAACUCUCAUGGUAGAAUUAAGGUGAGCUGUGGGCAUGUCCCAGUGGCCAGCUGGCAGAAGCUAGAAGACCCAGGCUCCCCAUCUGAACCUUGUCCUGAUCCUCUCUUUUUCCUGUUGACUGGUAAGGUGUGAACUAGUACACUUGUCAGAUACUUGUGAAGAGCUGACUGAGAUGCUCCCCACUCCUGGCCCUGUUGGCUGUCAUUUCCCAGGACCCUGGCCCUGGCCCCAGACAUUGCCAUUGCUGACAUUUCUCCUUUCUGAGGAGCCCAGGUUCCGGGGUUAUACCUGCCUGCUGUGAGCUGUACCUUUGGAAAGGUUCCUUGGCCUCUCUGUUUCUUGGUUCCUACUUGGAAGCCUGGCGCCAGAGCACCCAGGAGACCAACACACUCUGGGAGAGCUUGAGAGACAGCUUGUGAGGAGCAACUUUUUCUCACAGCUAAUCUGGCCAUCUCUUGCUAUGAAGGAGGAAGAGGGGCAGAGAAACAUUCAAGAAGUGAGGUUCAUGGAACACGCUUUGACAGGAGCCAUGGACCACCUGACAGCAGCCCAAGCCACAGGCAGUACGCCUGGGUGGCUGGAGGCCCUGUGCUGCUUCUCUGUCUGGGAGUGUCUGGAUCUAGCCCAAUCACAGUUCCCCCCUUCCUGUCCCCAGCAAGAGCCUCUGAGAGCUAGCUGACUUUUCUAUAGGGACUGCAGGUCAUGUGUCCACCCUUUCACUUUGCAGCUGCAUCUUUUUUUUUUUUUCCCAAGAAAGGGUUUCUCUGUGUAGCCCUAGCUGUCCUGGAACUCAAUCUGUAGAUCAGUCUGGCCUUGAACUCACAGAGAUCUGCCUGCCUCUGCCUCACCAGAGUUGGAACUAAAGGCAUGUGUUACCACUACCUGCAUGCAGUUAAAUCUUUUAAAGAGCCACAGGAACCCGUGUUUGCCUGGGUGAAAGUGGGAGAGUCAGGUACAUUGGGUACCCAACUCAAUGUAUUCAGCCAAGCUUUUGGCUUCUCUGUGUGUUGGGCAUGUGCAGAGCCACCUUGUCACCAGUGAUGGUACCUGGGUUUCCAGCAGCCAUGGCCCUGCCUGAUCAUAGUCUCUAACUGCCCCAGUCUCAGUGGCCUGGGAGAACCAGCUCCGCUUUGCCUCUUGCUUUCCCAGCUGGACCCUAGCGUUGCAGCAGGGGCUACCCACAGCCACUACCAGGAAAUCAGGAGCUGAAGUCCUAGACCUAGGGGUGGACUAGGCAUGCUCCUGGUGACCUGUCAUCAAGGCAGAAAGGCACCACUGGCUUGUUUAACCUGCUCUGCAGCCACUAUAAAUAGCUGCCUUGUUUCCCACAGAGCAGUAGGGACUGUUUCUGUUCUAAAAGCCAGGUAUUUGCCAGUGCUCUGAAAGAUGGAGGCAUGCCCUGGAGGCAGUGUGUGUGUAUCAUCUCAACAAGGGACAGGAGGCAAAGAAGCCAGUGUCUUGCAUUCACACCUCACGCAUGGCUGCACAGUGAGUUAAAGGGACACCUGGGACAGGACCCUGUGUACAGGUUUUAGUGCCAUCUGAGACACAGAUCAUUAGGAGGCAUGCCGUGUUAUUAGUAACUGUGAACACCACAUCCACCUUAGCCACAGGAUGAUGGGAUGCAGCUUCCAGGUCCAAGACUUUGUUCAGCUGCAGGAAAUGGGUCCUCAGGAUCUAGAAAACAUAGUGUUGUCCUCAUUUGGCAGGGGAGAUCUGAGGUCCUGUGAGAAUCAUAAGGCUUACUCAGCAGGAAAUGGUGGGGGGCUAGGAUUCCAGCCUCAUAUCUAGUCCUGGCCAGCCGGCCCACUUCUCAGGAAGCUCAGCACUGCCCAAGUCUUCUUUCCUGAAACUUACCUGGAGAGCCUGGGCAUCUGUGCAGAAGGUUCUGGGCCACAGUCCCUCUGCUGCCCACACCCUAGAGGGUACAAGUGUCCUCUAAGGCUCAUGCAUUCCGUGCCCUCCUGCACCAGGAUGUCAUGUGGGGCUGCUCUGGAGAGGGACCUUAGGCCAUCUUGUGGCCACUCCCCUCUCGGGCAGCACCCCACCCCAUUUUCCAAGCUCACUGAUAAUUUUGUGCCCUGUGAGCUUCAAAAGCCAGGAGUAGGAUGGGGGAUGCUAGGUGACACCACCUCCUUCAUGGCAGCCAAAUCCCUGCCCACUGGAACUUCCUGGAAAAUGGUUGUUUCCCAAACAAAGUGGACUUCUCCUCCUACUGCAUCCCCAGAGCUGCCUUGGGGUUGACUUCUUGGGCAGCUGUCCUUCCAAGGUUGUGUGACACAUAUUUUCACUUGUUCAGCAUCCACUUGUCAGCAUGGCUCAUGCCCAGGACAUGAGGUUGAGAAAUGGGACUGAAGGCAAAGCCUGGGAGCAGCUCUCAAACCAGAGGCCAGAGACCUCAUUAUAAACUGACUUGGUCACUCUGGAGUUGGAUCUUGAGCUAGCAUUAAGUAAAAGGCUACAAGUCAGACCAGGAGGCAGGUUAUGAGUAGUCAGGAGUUUACUGAACACAAAGUCACUCAACAAACAUUUGCUGAGUGCUCUCAGGAUAUGAACUGCUAUGAGGAGGGAACAGAGAGGGUGUACCCAGCUCUGAUGCCAGAGUGGUGUCAUCAGCAGGGUAAGACAGGGCAGACCACGUGGGCUUUCUUGACCAUUCUGUUGCCUUGGGUCCAUUUAGUUAAAUGCCCACAAAGCUUCCCACUCCCACAUUAGAGAUGUGGGGUCCUUUGUGGUAAGUGAGCUCUUGCCAAAUGGCCAGGACCGCAUCAGGUAAUGACCAUCUUCAGGUCCUGCAGGGAGUCUCUGGGGAGACAUCUUCCUGCUUCGUCCAGACACUGGGAGCCACAAGAGCCCUGAGUUCCAGCCAAGAGUGUUGUUGUGCAGCCUUGGAGCAUGGGAAGCAGUCACUGAGCUGCUCCGUCCAUCCUGGCUAGGGACACGGCUCAGGAACACACAGCCUCCCAGCAUUUCUCAAUAUUUUAGUGUCUCACGGUCUCACCCGAGUCCCUAAUGAAACUACCCAUAUGACAAUCUGUCUGUGCCUUAUGGAGGUAUGUGUGUGUGCACUUUUUAUCCUUUAAAAUGCAACCCUUCAAAGUGGACAAGAAACUAGCAGAGGUGGUAGGGUCCAAAUGCCGGCAGGGAGUCCCUGAGACCCUCCUGCAGUUUGCUGUUGGACUUACAAUGUUCAUCCCCACCCUACUCCCACUACCUGUGUACAGACCCUUUGAACCAUGUCUGUCCUUUCUGAUUCAAUACUGUGACUCUCCAGUCCUGUCUAGUAUUUGGGGAACUGUACUAAAAGCCCUAGAGCUUGGGGAGUGAGCGGGGAAGGGUUUGCGCUGAUCUUUGUGUGUUGUGUGUUCUGAUAUUUUGUCUGUUUUUAUCUGUUUUAUAUUAACAUAACUUUCCUGUUUGAAAAACAAAUACAACUUUGGCUUGAUUUAAAAAAAAAAACAAAACAAAAAACGUCUAACCAGAA